AUGGCGUCGGCAGACGAAGCGAAUGCGGCGGCCGAAGGUACGGAGGGGAAGAACUGGCAGCGGAAGGGGAAGCACAAGAAGGAGAAGCCGUGGGACGAUGACCCCAACAUCGACCGCUGGACGGUGGAGAAGUUCGACCCCUCCUGGAACGAGGGCGGCCUGCUGGAAGUCAGCUCCUUCUCCACCCUCUUCCCCCAGUACCGAGAGAAGUAUCUGCAGGAGACAUGGCCGAUCGUCAAGGGCGCACUCAAGGAGUUUGGAGUCUCAUGCGAGCUCAAUUUGGUGGAGGGAUCCAUGACGGUUUCCACCACCAGGAAGACCAGGGACCCCUACAUUAUUCUCAAGGCCAGGGACCUGAUAAAGCUCUUGUCGCGAAGUGUCCCUGCACCCCAAGCAAUUAAAGUGCUCAAUGAUGAGAUGAACUGUGAUAUUGUCAAGAUUGGUAGCAUCAUAAGAAACAAGGAAAGAUUUGUCAAAAGGAGAGAACGCCUUUUGGGCCCUAACCUGUCGACCCUUAAGGCUAUAGAGAUUUUGACUGGCUGCUACAUCUUAGUACAGGGAAAUACUGUGGCUGCCAUGGGUUCCUUUAAGGGACUGAAACAGGUCCGGAAGAUUGUAGAGGAUUGCAUAAAGAACAUAAAGCAUCCAGUGUACCACAUUAAGGAACUCCUUAUUAAACGUGAGCUGGCUAAAAAUCCUGCCCUAGCCACUGAAAGUUGGGACAGGUUUCUACCGAACUUUAAGAAAAAGAAUGUCAAGCAAAAGAAGCCCAAUACUAAGGAGAAGAAACAAUACACACCCUUUCCGCCGCCUCAGCAGCCUAGCAAGAUUGAUCUUGAACUGGAGAGUGGUGAGUAUUUCAUGAGUGACAAGAAGAAGUCAGCUAAGAAAUGGCAAGAGAAGCUAGAUAAGCAAUCAGAGAAAUCAGAAGAAAAGAAAAGAAAGAGAGAAGCUGCAUUUGUUCCACCGAAGGAGAACACUGCUGGUCUAUCUGAAUCUGCCAAAAGUACUAAUGCCAACGAGAUUGCUGAUAUCACAAAAUCCUUAAAGAAAAAGGCAAAGAAAUUCAGAAAUAGUGAAGCCGAGGAAAAUGUGAAAAUCGAGUCAUAUGUUGCGAGCAAUGAAGAAUCACACUCCAAAAAGAAGCACAAAUCAUCAUCCAAGUAA